AUGGAUUAUUCAGAAUCAGCAGUGAGGAACUUCAGCCCAUUCCAGUUCUCCAUGGAGCCGUCAGAUACGCUGGCAGUGCGGGGAGCGCCGACACUGCUCAACUGCUCAGUCCACAGUGAGUUUCCUGCCAAGAUCGAAUGGAAGAAAGAUGGCUCUUUCCUCAGCCUGGCCUCAGACGAUCGCAGGCAGGUCCUGGCCGACGGUUCUCUGCUCAUCAGUUCAGUGGUCCACUCUAAACACAAUAAACCCGAUGAGGGGGUGUACCAGUGCGUGGCCACUAUAGACAACCUGGGCACCAUCAUAAGCCGUACAGCUAGACUCAGUAUCGCAGGUAUACCACGGUACCUGAGUCAGCCGGAAGCUGCAUCAGUGCGGGUGGGUGACAGUCAUGUGCUGAACUGUGAGGUGAAUCCAGACCUGGUGUCUUUCAACCGCUGGGAACAAAACAAAGAGCCGGUUGAGCUGGACCAGAGAGUCUUCACACUGCCCAGCGGGGCUCUUGUCAUCAGUAACGCAACAGAGGCAGAUGCUGGACUGUACCGCUGUGUGAUCGACAACGCUGGGCCCACCAAGACCAGUGAAGAAGCAGAAAUACAGAUACUGCCUGAAUCCGGGGAAGAAAGGACCCUGGAGUUUCUCCUGAAGCCUCAGCAUGUGUCUAAAUUCGUUGGCGAGAGCGUUCUGCUCCCCUGUGUGGUGACAGGAUAUCCCACAGCCUAUGUCACAUGGACGCACAAAGACCAGCUCAUUGAGUACAGCAAGGGCCGCUUUGAAGUGCUUGGCAGAGGCAGUCUGCGGAUCUUCAAUCUCACUGAGGAAGAUGCCGGUUUGUACAGCUGCAUGGCAGACAGUGUCAACGGAUCCAUAGGGGCCCAGACUGUGCUCGCGCUGAAAGCUUCCCCACAGUUCCUGAAGAAACCAGCUAACAUAUAUGCUCAUGAAGCCACAGACAUCACAUUCGAGUGUGAGGUCACCGGCUCACCCGCUCCCACCAUCAAAUGGGUGAAGAACGGAGAUGCUGUCAUUCCCAGCGACUAUUUCAAGAUCAUUAAGGAGCAGAACUUGCUGGUGCUGGGGCUGGUCAAGUCAGAUGAAGGUUUCUAUCAGUGUUUAGCUGAGAAUGACGAUGACAAUGUGCAGUCGAGUGCUCAGCUCAUCAUAUUGGAUCAAGGCUCCACAGGCAGCGCUGGUCCCACACCCUCCGCCCCCCGUGACAUUGUGGCCUCCCUGGUCUCCACCCGCUUCAUCAAGCUGACCUGGCGCCUUCCUGCUGAACCGCAUGGAGAUGACGUCACCUACUCAGUCUACUACAGCCUUGAUGGCAAUAACAGGGAGAGGAUAGUGAGCACAAGCCGUCCAGGAGAAAUGCAAGUCACCAUUCAGAACCUCAUGCCAGACACCAAGUACUCCUUCCGCGUGGUGGCCCACAACAGAAACGGCCCUGGAGAGAGCUCAGCGCCUCUGAGGGUCGCCAUCCAGCCUGAAGUCCAGGUACCUGGUCCUGCUCCAAACUUACAGGCAGUGGUUACGUCCCCCAGCACAGUGAGUCUCAGCUGGGACAUGCCCCUCACAGGCAAUGGCGAGAUCCAAAACUACAAAAUCUACUACAUGGAGAAGGGCAUGGACAGUGAGCAGCUGAGGAUAUGUGAACUAAUACUCUUCUCCCUCUGUUCAGUUCCCAGUGCUCCACCACAGAACAUGACGUUUGAAGUGCUGAACUCUAAGAGCAUCAUGGUCAGAUGGCAGCCUCCACCAGCAGAUGCUCAGAACGGUGAGAUCAUCGGCUACAAGAUCCGCUACAGGAAGGGUACGAGGAAGAGCGAGGCGGCGGAGAUUACUUCAGGAUCGCAACUCUAUCAGCUCAUAGAUGGUCUGCAGCGAGGCACUGAAUAUAUGUUGCGAGUGUCUGCCAUUACGGUCAACGGCACGGGUCCGGCCACAGACUGGACCACUGCUGAGACAUUUGAGAGCGAUCUGGAUGAGACAACUGUGCCAGACGUCCCGAGCUCCUUGCACGUGCGGCCACUUGUGAACAGCAUUGUAGUGAGCUGGACGCCCCCAGAGAACCAGGACAUUGUGGUGAGGGGUUAUACUAUCGGCUAUGGGAUCGGCAGCCCUCAUGCCCAGACCAUUAAAGUGGACUACAAACAGAGAUACUACACCAUUGAGAACUUGAAUCCCAGCUCGCACUACGUUAUCACACUGAAGGCCUUCAACAACGUGGGGGAGGGAAUCCCUGUGUACGAGAGCGCUAUCACACGACCCCAAUCAGACCCCAUAGACCCUAAUGUUGAUUUGUACGAACUUUUCCAUGCUCCAUACACUCCAGUACCAGACCCUUUACCCAUGCUGCCUCCAGUGGGCGUUCAGGCAUCCGUUCUGAGCCACGACACCAUCAAAGUCACCUGGGCGGACAACUCGCUGCCCAAGAACCAGAAGAUCACAGAUGCACGUUACUACACAGUGUGCUGGAAGACCAACAUACCUGCAAACACAAAGUUUAAGGUGGCUAAUACCACCACACUAACUCACACUGUGACUGGUCUUAAACCUAACACCUUAUACGAGUUCUCGGUCAUGGUGACCAAGGGCCGGAGGACCAGCACCUGGAGCAUGACUGCACAUGGAACAACUUUUGAAACAAUCCCAAGUUCUGCACCUAAAGAUGUGACUGUAGUGAGCAAAGAGGGACGACCACGAACCAUCAUCAUCAACUGGCAACCACCUUCAGAAGCCAAUGGCAAGAUAACAGGUUACAUCAUUUACUACAGCACUGAUGUGAAUGCAGAGGUUCAUGACUGGGUCAUUGAGCCAGUAGUGGGGAACAGGCUAACCCAUCAGAUUCAGGACCUGACCCUUGAUACCACCUACUACUUUAAGAUCCAGGCGCGUAACUCUAAGGGGAUGGGUCCAAUGUCUGAUGCUGCCCAGUUCCGCACUCCUAAAGCUGAAUCCUCUGACAAAAUGGCUAAUGACCAAGCUCCAGGUAUAUUGGUGAAACCAGGAAGACCCUCUGCACCAGAACAAGGUUUUGGAUCAGUUGGGAAAACAGAUAUGUCUAUGUCUGGCACUGGUGAUAACCACAUUCUUGUUAUCGUCAUAAUUGUGUCUGUGGGUGCAUUUACCAUCAUCCUGGUGGUGGUUGGCGCCUUCCUGUGUACACGCCGUACCACAACACAGCAGAAAAAGAAACGUGCAGCCUGCAAGUCCGCCAAUGGAUCCCACAAGUAUAAGGGCAAUUCCAAAGAUCUGAAGCCACCAGACCUCUGGAUCCACCACGAACGUUUGGAACUAAAACCUAUCGACAAAUCGCCUGAACUCAAUCCAGUCAUGACUGACACACCAAUCCCCCGAACCUCCCAAGACAUCACCCCGUUGGAUGGCUCUAUGGAUCCUAUGCUCCAGAGACGUAACUCCUACCGUGGCCAUGAAUCAGAGGACAGCAUGUCUACAUUGGCAGGCCGUCGGGGAAUGAGACCUAAAAUGAUGAUGCCCUUUGAUGCACAACCCCCUCAGCCUGUGAUUAGUGCUCACCCCAUCUAUUCCUUCGAUAAUCAUCACCAUCAUUAUCACUUGGGCAGCCUGGCCUCGCCAACACGCAGCUAUCUCCACCACCAGAGCAGCACGCGGUCCAUCGCCACCCCCAUCUCUCAUCUAGACAGGGCAGAGUCCACAGAGACAGUAAGGAACACCCCUAGUGCUGACCUGCUCCCUCCGUCUGGGCAGCCCUCCUGCACCACUGACCUUUUAGAGACAGACAUUAGCUACCACUGCUCAGCCACUGAGGAGGAGCCAGCAUUCACUACACCCAUAGCACACGUUCGUCCCACGCACCCACUCAAGAGUUUUGCAGUGCCUGCCAUCCCAGCUUACCCCAUGUAUGACUCGGCAGCAUUACCCAGCACUCCACUGCUAUCUCAGACAGGGCCUCACUCAGUUAAAACAGCCUCUAUUGGUACGUUGGGAAGGUCAAGAACUCCCAUGCCUGUCAUAGUUCCAAGUGCACCGGAUGUCUCGGAAAGCAGCAGGCUGCAUGAAUAUGCAGGGAGUAAUUACGAGACGGAUGAGUUGACAGAGGAAAUGGCCCAUCUGGAGGGCUUAAUGAAGGACCUAAAUGCCAUCACAACAGCCUGAGCACAAUCCUCACAAUAACACUAGACCUCACCUGUCACAGGGAGAACGUACAGCAUGGAGGAGUUCUCAGUCAUUUGCUAAAUUGAGAGUGCGAUAGGAAAAAAAACUAAUGUUUGGCAUACCUUGCUUACUCUCAGGAAAGAGAAACCCAUCAAAUGAGGACAGUGGACAUUCUGAGAAGGGACGUGUUUACUUCAACCAGAUGAUUGUGAUUUUUCUCUCAGCAUCCUAAAACGUUUCCUUAUGUUUCAGCGGAGACCGUUUGAAAAGACACCAUUUUAUUAUCCUACGAAAAAAGGAAAACUACAUUAUGCUGGUGUACGUGUUGGUGCGUGUAAGGCACAAUUUACAGUGUUUCAUUUGUAUGUUUUUGUAUCUAUAUAUAUUGCCCCCGUUCCAGUGAGCUGAACGUUGGACAUCAUCCUUUUGUCCUUUUUAUUUCUGCAACUCAUUUUGUAUUAAGCAUUUUAAUUUGAUGUCUAUUUUCAUAUGUCAUAUAAUGUGCCAUGUCUUAUUUUCUUAAACAUAUUUUGUAUUGUUUUAUAUGCAUAUACACUUAUCAGUUUGUAUAUAUGUUUAAAAUAGACUAAUUUCAUCACCACAGCAAUGUUUUUGACCUCUCACGACAGUUUCCGCUUAGUCAGCGACAUGCUGCUUUUUACUUUUGCUAUUAGAAUGAAUUUUUGCAGUUUGCAACGUCACGUCCCCCUUCUACAUUAUGCCUGUUUUAAAUGGGAGUUUCCUUCAGAAAUGCCUUAUUAAAUUUGUGUGGAAUGACGGAUAUCAGUACAACUGGGAAAUAUUUUCAAAAUGUUUAUCACACAACACUGUGAUAUUUAUUCUGUAAUGCUGAACUGGUCACUCAGUCCGGUGGUACGAGAACGUAGACCUUCAUCACGCAUGCUGUCAGACUUGGUGCUUAAACUCAAAACUUCAGGUUCUACACGUUACUGCUAAAUGAACACAUUUGGUACAUUGGAAAGUGCUUUAUAUGGUUUAUUUCCUUUUGCUGCAUUGGCCUGAAUUCUUGUAUCGGAGCUUACAUAAACUCAAUGAAUGACAACAUUCACUGUGAGAUUUUACAGACCACAUUCUUGGCACUUAAAGCAACAAAAUGCAAAUGCAACAGACUUUUAUACAGAACUCCUAGUGCUCAUCUUUUAUUUUCCAUUAUAUUUCUUCUAUUUUUUUCAUUGAAGAACUUGUAUAGCAUGUCAAUGUGUGAGGUAAAAAUCUCCCCUGCUGGAUACGGUUUUGAUCUGUACUUUUACCCAAAGAAAAUAUGUAACAGCAAUCAUAAUUUUGUUUUAUGAAUUUAAUGCCUCCUUGAAUAUCAUUCCGACUAAGAAAUUCUGGGUAAUUAUAGGAACAUGCUAAAAAAGCUUGGUAAAAACAAUAUGAUCUAUUUGGGAUAACCUAUCAAGUGGUACAGUCAAACCUUUAUUGCACUUUUUCAACAAUUUCAAGAAAAGAAAAAAACCAUUUUUACAUAAGUGUUUUGAAUAUAAAGCUCUAUUUGUGUAAUGUAGUGUCAUAGUUUAGCAUAGGCAGCUGGUCUUAUUUCUUUUGCCUCAAAUAAUAUUUGAGCGGCAGGUUUUACUGUGUUGCAUAUGCAGAAAUCUGUUGUUGCUUAUUUCUGUACAAAGAUCUUCUUGCCGUCUAGAAAUUGUGGCUUUAAAAAAAAAAUACUAAAGAACACUGCCUUUGGGUCUCCUUUACUUGCAUGCACUUAUUUUGAAACACAAUUUUGUUUUCCAGGUCUCCCUCACCAUUUAAAACACCCCACUUUUCUGGUCGUUGUUGAUUACUGAAGGACUUUUUACCAUCAUUCUCCAAACACUGGUUAGAAAUGGCUAAAAUUGAGCAAUUGGAAAUGUCCGUUAUAUUUCCAUGACUUUAUAUGAAAACCAGCUUUCCCCAUAGUAAUGGAGAAAUAAUGAACACCUGGCACAGGUUAAGCAUUUAACAUAUGUAGCAUGUCUUUUGAUUUACAUAUCAGAUUCUGUUGUUAAUACAGCACAGCUAUACAUUUCAGAAAUUAUUUUGUACAAGCUAAUUUAAAACUUGCUUUAACAAGGCGUAAAUGCAUUGUAUUACAACUUGAACAGGCCAGAUCCAGUGUUAUAAAGAGUGUUGUCAGUAGAAGAAUGAUCAUCCAGAUUAUCAAAAAUGACUUGUUAAACAAGGAUGUUCUUUUUUCUGCAGUCUUUAUUGACUUGUGAUAAAUUACACAUCUAGACUCCUCUGGGUGUUUUAAAGUUCAUUCCAAUACUUGGCUGGGUGACCUGCAAGUUGGAGAUGUUGCCGAA